AUGCCCGGACCAAAUUUCACAGAAUGCGGAAACACAUACAUGUCCAGCCCCGAUCUCAUAUCAAAGUACGGCUACACAGGUCCCGUCAAGCUUGUGCCUUCCAGGCCAUCCACCCAAAUCACGUACGAAGGCUGUGUGACGCUGUGCGGGCGCGGAAACGAGUACUACCCAUGGACUAUGAUGGCCAACACGAUCACUACGUGGGUGCUUCCUAUCGUGGGUACUAUGCUGCAGGCACCGUUCGAGAGCAAUGCGUUUCGGAGGACGAUUAGAGCUUGUAUUAGGUGGUUUGGGAGUCCGAUUUCUAGCUUGGCGUUUAUACUAUGGGAUGUGGAUAUCUCGGGGAAAUGUGCUUUGUUUGGUGAUACAGUUGAUAUGGCGACCCCGUACGAUGGGCCUAUUCCGAAUGAGCAGAGCGAGUAUGCCAGCAUGCGGGACUCGUUUUUUAUAUUGAUGAACCUCAACCAGUACAAGAUGAAGCCUGUCAUCAGCAUGACUAGAGAAGCAGAAGGGUUGUUACGGAUAAUGCUGUUUGGAAAGGACUUGAAGCUCAUGGGGACAAAGAAAACAUUGAGUCAACUGAGACGCAAACUCGCUUAUGAUCUUAGAUGCAAUAGAAGGAGAGGGGUCGUACCAGUUUUCAUAUCUACACUAUGGUUCAUGGUUUCAUUGGGAAUAUCGAUUGAGGCUGCAUUCGGCGACUUGGGCAACAAUGCCCAGGCCCACGAUCUUGCCAUGGGCUUAUUCACUGCCUGGCUCCCUGUCCUCAUCUUGUGCUCCAUACUCGAUCGCAACCCGAUGGCCUCAGACGACAUCCAGCGAAAGUUAAACAAGAUGGUGGACCUCGUAUGCAUCUCCCUACAAGACGACGCAACGAGAAACGAAUACAUCGCGUCCUUUCGAGGCUUGCCGCAUCAACAUCACAUGGUGUAUUGGACAAAUAAAAUCGUAACCAAGACCGCCUACAUCAAAGGCAACUACUUCUGUGGCUUCUCAGGUCAAUCCCGGACUCGG